AGUUUACAAUUUCACAUCAAAAAGUUCUUUUCAUGUUUUUAUAAAAUUUCGCUAGAUUUUCAUAAUUUAGAAACUUUCUGUCAGCAACAAGUAAGCAUCAAGUCAAUUAUUCAGCAAUUGUUCGAUUUGACAGACUCAAAUAAUCCACAAAAGACAUCAUUUUAUUGAACAAAGCUAUUUCACGUGCCUUUCUAAAAACAAAAGUUCAAAGCCUCGAGAAUGUCACUUCAAGCUAAAAUCGGUCCUUCAAUUCUCAAUGCCGACUUGUCGCAGCUAGCUGACGAGUCACAGAAAUUACUUGAUAAUGGAGCUGAUUAUUUGCAUCUCGAUGUCAUGGACGGACAUUUUGUUCCUAAUCUCACAUUCGGACAUCCAAUUGUCAAGUGCUUGAGGAACAAGAUUAAGGAAGCCUUCUUCGAAACCCACAUGAUGGUCUCGAAUCCAGAACAAUGGAUCUCAGACAUGGCUGAUGCCGGUGUCGAUCAAUACACAUUUCAUAUCGAACCAGUCGAUGAUGUCAGUGCCGUUUGUCGUAAGGUUCGUGAAGCAGGAAUGAAAGUUGGACUCGCAAUAAAGCCAAAAACAGCAGUUGAUGUUGUCGAGAAGUACAUUGAGAUGGCUGAUUUGGUGCUGAUCAUGACAGUUGAGCCUGGAUUUGGUGGACAGAAGUUUAUGGAGGAUAUGAUGCCAAAGGUUAAGCAUUUGAGGGAUAAUUAUCCGACUUUGAAUAUUGAAGUUGAUGGUGGAGUUGCACUGAAUACAAUUGACUGCUGUGCUAAGGCUGGUGCUAAUUGGAUUGUGUCUGGAACUGGAGUUAUCAAGGCUGAUGAUCAAGGAGCUGUUAUUAAGCAAUUGAGAGGAUCUGUGACUAGUGCUAUCGCUGAAUAUUCUAAGUAGGAAUGGCUAUUGUGAG